AUGGGUUGUGCUUCGAGUAAAUCAUAAGGAAACCUUACAGAGGAAGAGGUUUAGAAAAUGAAAAAGUGCGAGUAGGAUUCUGAAGAUGUACUUAAAGAAUUGUAGCAAAUUAUGAAAAAAUUAGAAUUAGCAAAAUAGGACUUUUUUAUGGAUGCCUAGCUUUCUGAUAUGAAUAUGAGCAUUAACUAAAUACCUUAUCUUAUAGAUUUAACUUACAAAGUUGUUUAGGAGCAGUAGGAUUAAGACAAUAAAAAAUAGCUCUUUAAUGCUUUGAAGGAAUAUUCCAAUAAACUUUUGUAGGUUCAAAAGAUACUUCCUCCUUUAUUUAAAAAGGCUGAAGCCUCUAUGGAAGAGUACAAGACACUUGCUCUCAAAAAGAAUAAGAAAGCAAGUAAAAAAUACCCAACAAACUUCGAUCGUCUCAAUUGCUUGCUUCGUUAACUUAAGUUAGUUGCAUAUGAUUUAGAAGUGCCUGAUAUACUAAAAGAAAAUGUAAACAUGAAAAGCAAUUAACUUACAGAGUCAGAAUAGUAGCGCCUUAACAACAGAUUAGCUAGUAUCAUAAAUUGUUUAGCAGUUAGCGUAAAAAUAGAUUGA